AUGCUGCUGCUUGGCUUAUUGCUGGGCACGGCAUUUUCUGCGACGAGAUAUGAGGGCAUUCCAUAUGCUCUGCCUCCCGUAGGAGAUCUUCGAUGGCGCAAGCCAGUUUCUCACGGAAUGACUCUUCUUGAAGCCAUGGACGCUAGAAUUAACGGAAAUCGCGAAGCAUGUAUCCAGCAAGACGGCACUGGCAAGGAAGAUUGUCUCUACCUUGACAUCGUGAAACCAGAUGAUCCGUCAAAAACUGGCCUUCCAAUCUACUUUUGGAUUCACGGAGGUCAUUUCAGAAAUGGAGCAGGAGCUUGGUACACUGGAGCUCCUCUUGGAGACAGCGAAGAAAUGAUCGUGGUGUCUAUCCAGUAUCGAUUGGGGCCUUUGGGAUGGCUGAACUACCCAAGACACAAGGGUUCCGAAAUCCCGUUGAACAUCGGUCUCUGGGAUCAACGAAUGGCUCUCAAAUUUAUCUACGACUACGCAACAACUAUCGGAGGAGAUCCCAACCGAAUCACAGUCUCUGGCGAAUCCGCUGGUGGAAUUUCAACGAGCAUCCAUGCUCUUUCACCUGGUAGCUCAAUGUACAUCUCCCAGACUCUCCAGCAAUCUGGGGCUGCUGCACUCUCCACCCCCGAAGCUUACGCUAAUGCCGGCAUUGACGGUGUACUUGUUUACAUCUGCGGCCAAAUAAGUUGCCCAGCCUUCACGACCGGCCAAGAUAUUCUCGCAUAUUUGAGAACCCUGCCGUCCACGGGCGAUAAUUCUGCUGAUUUCUGGACAGUUUAUCACACUCUUUCUGCUGCAACGUCUGCUGGACCAACAAGUGACGACAGAGAUUUCUACGGUGGAAAAACUCUUGACGAAAUUAUCGCCGACAAAAGCUUCAAAGUCAUGCCAACGAUCAUUUUCUUCACCUCCUUCGAAGGAUCCCUCAGCGUCGGAUCAUAUCCAACAAAAUACAACAGGGACAAUUUCAUGAGUGUUUGGUCUGAUGAGGGACAAGGAAGCUUGCUUAUGAGUCAUAAGGAUCUUACUUCUGAAGAGAUCCGUGAAAUAACCUGGAGAUCUUAUGGCAAACUUGCUUGCGAUUUUCCCGAUGAAACUGCAGCGAAAUUCGAAAAUAUUGACGACAAUACUGGUAUUCGAAUUGCUUUGGAUCUUUACGGCGAUUUGAUGUUCCGUGGUCCGGGAAUAAGGGUUGCUCUUGAAUACGCUCUUGCUGGAGCUGAUACUUGGAUCAUGCACUUUGACACGGCUGAAAAUCAUGGCGAUGUGCAAUGGAGCAAGGGAGCCCCGCACGCAGCUGAACUCAAGUACCUCUUCGGUUGGGGCCCAACUUCCGCGCCAGGUUCCGUGGGCGAAUUCAUGCUCAAGACUUGGCGAGCCUUUGUGACUACGGGAAGUCCUAACUGGGGCACUUAUACCUUUCCUCAAUAUGACGGUUUUGAAAGGCACAUUGAAAUCGAAUCCGAAAAUGAAGCGACCGUAAUUGUCCGAAGCGACGACCGUUUCGACUUUGAUGCUCACCUCUUUUACGACAGCAAUAAUCAAGCACCCCUCGACAUUUGCGUUUCUCCAACUCAGCCACCAACAAUCCCUCCAACGCCUCCUCCAGAUUACUGUACUUCCGUCACUGUAAGCGGAACAGCCUCGGGCAGGAACAACUAUUUCUUCAACGGAGUCUAUCACAAACAAGCUGAUCUCGUCAAUGGUUCUCCUCAAUUCAAAUAUGGUGGCUGGCAUCUUGAGCGGACAACAUCUGGCGGAUGGGUGAUAAACUACCAAGGCGGUAGUGCAAUUGCCUGGGGAGUAGUCCUCGAUCACUGGUGCCCUGCUUACACGACAGGAGGCUGGAGAUGGUGGGACAGUAUUACGAGCACCGUCGUUGAUGACAAUGCAGGUGUGAUUGUUACUACUGAUUCUGUUUCAACAACACCUGCGACAACAACAACAACGACAGGAACAGGAACAACAACGACUGUCUCUUCAACAACCACCACGACAAAGUCAACGACUACGACAACAAACGCGCCAACAAACUGCGAUAUCGUCUGGACCUACGGAUCUGGCUCAGUUCCCUACCACAUGACCGGAGAAUACGAGUUCACUGGAACCAUGGUCAACGGAAAGAAACGAUACGACUAUUUCAUUCCUGGUCUUUGGCUGAUCUGGAAAGAUGGUUCUUGGCGAGUUUCUUACAGUCCAACUGAUGGCGACAUGAUGCUUGCAUCCGGAUCGACGAACUCUGAUUGCCCCGCUGAUGCCGGAUCUUGGGCAAAUGUCCAUGGUGAAGCUGAUUUCUUCGUGACAGACAAUGAGGCUGACAUUCCACCAAUUACUCCUCCUGUUGCGACUCCAUGUGACUCAUUUACAAUGGCCUCGAUAACAAAUAACCCCGCUAAUUUCAUCGGAUUCGGAACCUACCAGAAAACGGCUGAUUCGACCAAUGGAUGGCCAAUUUACCAAAAUGAGCAUGGUUUUGAAGCCCAUAUGAACAGUCUGGGAUUCUGGCUUUUUGAAAAAGACGGGGAUGCAAGAACAAUGUUUGGUACCACCAAAGGAGCAAGCUGUCCAGCUCCCACGGCAUCAGAACCUGCUGGAAAAUGGAACUACUGGAAUGGAGCAUACACUGAAUACACAGAUGAUAUUUAUGCCCUGACCGGGAACCCAUCCGGAGCUUGCCCAGAAGUGCAUGUUUUUGGCGACAUAACCGUGCCUUACUACAUUACGGGGCCUUUCAAAUGGGAAGGAGGUUUUAUGAAUGGAAAACAACUGUACGUUCAUGAUCCACCAGGAUUAUGGCUUGCUUUUGACGAAGGAAUGUGGCGAGUCGCUUAUGAUCUGAGCGAUCCGAAGACUCUUAAUCUUGCCUCAGGUGUUGGAGAUGUUGACUGCCCAGCAGACGCAUCUUCCUGGUGGGUGUGGGACGGAACUCAGAGCGUUGAAAAUCCAGCCGACUUUAAUUUGGUCUCUGAUCCAGCUGAUAUUCCCGAUCUGACAGGAACAAUCAACCCGCUGGAUUCGGUGCUUAUGGAACGUACACUAGAACCGCUGAUUAUUCCCAUCUCUGGCCAGUGUAUCAAAAUGAGAAUGGCUGGCUUGCAGAGAGAAAUAAACAUGGUUUCUGGGAGUUUAACAAGAUUUGACUGUCACAACAACAACGACAACGUCGACAACGACAACAUCGACUACGACCACUACGACUACUACAACGACGACAACAACAACAACAACGACAACGACAACAACAACUACGACAACAACGACAACAACGACUACGACUACGACUACGACUACGACUACGACUACGACUACCACAACGACUACAACGACCACAACUACAACAAAAAACCAGCCCACCGAAGCAAGUACAGCAACUACGGCUACUACAGCCACUCAGAAGACACAGACAGUAACUCCGAAACGUACAGUAACUACAGUACCGCUGAUGAAGGUAGCGAGCAGCAACUUGAGAGUGAAAUGAUGAGUAAUCUACCGGAUGUGAAGUUGAACUCGGCCUGGGACUUUUACUACACGAGAAAUGAUGUUGAAAAUUAUGAAGACAGGCUGGUUUAUGUUGCGAGUUUUGAGACGGUGAAGGAAUUUUGGGCGCUCUAUCAUCAUAUCAAACUUCCGGCAUAUCUACCUCAAGGAUGUGACUAUAUGGUCUUUCGUCAAGGAAUCCGCCCAAAAUGGGAAGACUCCGCCAACCGCUCAGGAGGCCGCUGGCUUUGCGAAAUUGACCGCGCUUCAAGAAACACAUCCCUCAAUUCAAAAUGGCUCGAAACCCUCCUUGCCAUCAUUGGCGAGCAGCUGAACACAUCGGAGAUCACAGUCAACGGGGCAGUCGUUCAGUCGAGGAGAAAGAUCGACAGGAUCAGCGUCUGGGUCAAUUCUUCGGAAAACGGAAAUGAAGUUCGCCAAACUGGGUACAAGUACAACUCGCUCGUCAAAUCCGCCCAUGGGUUGAAAUUCCAGAGUCACGAGGCCAACAGCAGAAGGCAAACAAAUGGGCUCAUGUACGAACACGUGAUCCACUGA